GUAAAAACGAUUUCAAGAUUUCCUUGUACUUUUUUAAAAAGUUUUUAAUUAGAAACUGACCGAUUUCUUUCGUACACAAAACUGAACCGUUCCUACAACUAUCAAAAGCAUUAAUAUGGAUAACAAUAUGAUCAUAAGAAAUUACUUAGACGAAAACUUAACUCCUACUAAAAUAGAAUACAUCGAUCCUUCGGAUAAUAGAGUUGUUUCACAGUCCUAUGGUCCACAAAUGGUACACCCUUCUUGUGAUAGAAUGAAUUGCAGUUUUCCUAUCAGUUUUCCUGAAAUCGCUAUAAAAACGGAAGAAGAUAUAAAAAGUGAGGUUGUUUUGGUAAAUGGCUGUUGGGAUACGACAAAUAAAAUUCCAAAUAUUGUAGUUGAAAUGCAUGUAAAUACCAAAGAUAUUAACGGCUUGAAUAAUAGUACCUUAAAGAACGGUGAUUUUGAUUCUCCUAGAGACGUCACAAGUCCAAGUCCUCGUGGGUCUGACAGUGGCAUAGAAUCAGACUGUACAGAAGGAAGUCUUUCCUGGCUUCUUAAUUACAAAAUUCAGGAAUUGCCUCCUGUUCCAGAUGCUUCUGCAACAGAAACUGUCAAUAGAAACGUUAAUAUAAUACAAGAUAAUUACUCUAUCCGACCACAAAUAGUACAGGUACCAACAAUAGUCAAACCUUGUGAUGCAAAAGGUAACGGGAUACAUUCAUGUAGAUACUCUGGUCAAAAGAAACCACCUUUUACUUACACCGAACUGAUAGAAUAUGCGCUCAGUGUAAAAGGAGAGUUGACUGUGUCUGGCAUAUAUCAAUGGAUAUCUGAUCACUUUCCGUUCUACAAACAAAACGAUGAUAGAUGGAAGAAUUCAGUCAGACACAAUCUGUCGAUAAACCCUCAUUUUAGGAAAGGGGGAAAAGCAGUUCAAGGAGCUGGUCAUCUUUGGACUAUUGCCCAGAGAGAUGCUCAAAAAUGUGCCCAAAUUAAACAAAGGAUUAGUCAGUUCUUCCAGAAUUUUUAUGCGGAUUCCCACAGUACACCCCAGGAUCUUGUAGAAAAGGAACUACAAGCAGCAACGCAGAGUAUUUUAGGAGAAAUUAACCCUAGUUACACUAUCCAGACCUCAAGGAGUAAUACCAUAGAAGUGGAGUACGUUAAUAUUGAAGAGUCCACUAACGGAUUAGAAGAUUUUCUAGCCCCACCAGUUUCGAAGGAGGACAUCGUCAAUGAGUGUGGACUAGGUAAUGACAUAUUCAUUACUGAUAUAAAUCCAAAUGUAUUAGGACUCAAUUUAGCUGAAGUGGAAGGUAUGGCAGACACCUACGAAGAUGUUUUCGAGUAUUACACCACCAAAGAAUAAUUAUUUUCCACAGUGCACGUAAACAAAAAAUAUAUUUUCUGUGUCUUCGUGCUCAAAGAUGAUAUUCCAACAUGUUGAAAAUUUGUAAGGAAUGGCUCAAUUUUUAGUACCUUUAACGGAUUGGUUAGGGUUUUAAUUAGAUACUUAUCUUGAAUUUCUUUAAAUAAUUGUUACAUAUUUAACUUUUAUACAUAUAACUAAAAAACUACCAAUUUUACUUUAGCUUGAUAUACAAUGAAGAUUUUAUUUCCUAUUUUGCGUUAACAAUUUUG